AAUAUUGAGAAACUACGUUAUAUUUAAAUAUAAAGCAUUAUGAAUGUGUUGUAAUAAUUACUUUUAAACGUUUGUUCGCCGCCAUUCAUAAAAUCGUGACGUAGUCAACAGAAGAAAAGAAACAGUGACGUCGUAAAGCCAGAUUAAAAAAAAGAAAAAACAAAGUGACGUAAAUCCAAGAUGGCUUCUCCCCUCUCCACGAUGAAAUUCUGGAAGCCGGGCUCCGAGGCUCCGGGCAUCUCGGAGGAGCGGGAGCUCCACGCGGAGUCCACCGGCUCCCCGGUCAUCUUCAACCCGCACACGGCCCUCUCCAUCGAGAAGCAGCGGCAGAAGCUUCCGGUCUUCAAGCACAGGAACAACAUCUUGUACCUGGUGGAGAGCUUCCAGACGGUGAUCAUCGUCGGGGAGACGGGAUGUGGGAAGACGACGCAGCUCCCGCAGUACCUGCUGGAGGCCGGCUGGGCUGCAGAGGGGAAGGUUAUCGGUGUGACACAGCCCCGCCGCGUGGCCGCUAUCUCUGUGGCUAACCGGGUAGCGGAGGAGCGGGGGGCCCUGUUGGGGCACGAGGUGGGAUACACCAUCCGGUUUGACGACUGCUCUGAUCCCCACGCCACGAGGAUUAAGUUCCUGACAGAUGGCAUGCUGGUCCGAGAGAUGAUGGCCGAUCCUCUUUUGAAAAAGUACAGCGUGUUGAUGCUCGAUGAAGCCCACGAGAGAACGCUGUACACAGACAUCGCCAUCGGUCUGCUCAAGAAGAUUCAGAAAAAGCGGCGAGACCUGAGGCUGAUCGUGGCCUCCGCUACUCUGGAUGCCAAGAAAUUCCACGACUUCUUCAACCUGAACGAGUCCGGGGACCCCAACAAGGACACGUGUGGGAUUCUGACGGUGGAGGGGCGCACCUUCCCGGUGGACGUCUUCUACACCGUCAGCCCCGUGCCGGACUACGUGAAGGCCACGGUGGAGACGGUGCUGAAGAUCCACGAGACGGAGGACGACGGGGACGUGUUGGCUUUUCUCACUGGGCAGGAGGAGGUGGAGAAGGUGGUGUCCCUCCUGCAGGAGCAGGCCCGGACUCUGUCGCGGUACGGCAUGAAGAAGCACCUGAGGGUUCUGCCCAUGUUCUCGGGUCUGUCCUUCGCCGAGCAGAUGAAGGUGUUCGAGAGGACGCCGCCGUCCGUCCGAAAGGUUGUGGUGGCCACCAACAUAGCCGAGACCUCCAUCACCAUAAACGGGGUCGUGUUCGUCAUCGACUGUGCGUUUGUGAAGCUGCGAGCGUACAACCCCGGCACGGCCAUCGAGUCCCUGGUGGUCACGCCCAUCUCCAAGGCCUCGGCCAGCCAGAGGGCCGGCAGAGCCGGACGCAACCGGCCCGGGAAGUGCUUCAGGCUUUACACAGAGGAGGACUUUGAGAAGCUGCCGGCCUCGACUGUGCCUGAGAUGCAGCGCACCAACCUGGCCCCCGUCAUCCUGCAGCUCAAAGCGCUGGGCAUCGACAACGUGCUGCGUUUCAGCUUCUUGUCGCCCCCCCCAGCGCAGACCAUGGUGCAGGCUCUGGAGCUGCUCUACGCACUGGGAGGUCUGGACCACUACGGGCGCCUCACGGAUCCCAUGGGCGUGCGGAUGGCCGAGUUCCCGCUCAGCCCGAUGUUCGCCAAGAUGCUCCUGGAGUCGGGGAGCUUCGGCUGCUCCAAAGAGGUCGUCACCAUCGCGGCGAUGAUGCAGAUACAGAAUAUAUUUGUGGUGCCGUCCAAUCAGAAGAAAGUUGCCGCCCGAGAGCACAGGAAAUUUGCAGUUGCCGAGGGAGACCACCUGACCAUGCUGAAUGUGUUCGAGGCUUUCAUUAAGCACCAGAAGAGCUCCCAGUGGUGUCAGGAGCACUUCCUUAAUUACAAGGGUCUGCUGCGGGCGGUGACGGUGCGCGAGCAGCUCCGCCGCCUCAUGAACAAGUUCAAGGUGCCGCGGACUUCAAGUGAAGGGGACCCUGAUGUGAUCUUGAGGUGCAUCGUUUAUGGGUUUUUUGCCAACGCAGCUCGCAUCCACCAUUCGGGCUCCUACAGGACUUUACGCGACGACCGCGAGCUCCACAUCCACCCGAACUCGGUCCUGUUCGGAGAGAAACCUCCAAAGUGGGUCGUCUUCAACGAAGUGGUGCAGACGGCCAAGUACUACAUGCGGGACGUGACGGCGGUGGAGUCCUCCUGGUUGGUCGAGUUGGCUCCGCACUUCUACAAGCAGGCCAAGCACGGCUCGCUGGCCAGCAAGAGGUCUCGGGUCCUCUGAGUCUCGGCCUCCUCGCCGUGUGAAGGAGGAGGAGCUUCCUCUCAAAGCGGCCACGCGCUCCUCUCCACGUCAUUGUGUGUAUAUAAAGAUGAAUUGUAUAGUUAUCGUCCACCUGCACAAAGCCUCAACACGCGCGCACACACACACACACACACAUUCUUAUGUGGCCGUGCCUGGAUGAGAUCGAGUGGAUAUAUAUCACACACACACACACACACACGUAGCAGUGGGCGGGUCCACUGGAGUGGGCUGGUGUGGUUCUACCUGUACAUAGUUGGAGCUUCAUUCUUUUUUUAAUUGCUGUUUUUUCCUGCUGAAUGACAAAUGAUGUAAGACGUGUGUGUGUGUGAGGACGAGUCCCUUUUUAUUUUUUGGGGCUAAUUUCCCCCCCCUCUCCCCCCCCCUGUUCCUGUAGCCUGGGUGCCUUUUUUUACGUUUUUGAUGGUUUGUUCUUGAUUUCUUUCCACACCGUCACACACAGAGAUGUAUUUUCAGAGGGAGAGGAAGGCCGAUACUGUGAAAAACCUGCUUUUACUUUCUCCUGGUUUCCAGGUGGCCUUGUCACCACUCUGUGCCAAGUUUUCUUUUAUUUUCCUGUUUUUUAACAUUUUUUCUUAAAGAUGGAAUGUGAUAAAACACGGGCGCAUUGUAAAUGAAAAGCUGUGAAAUCAAAAGGAAGAUGAAACGAAACGAAGUGCCGUUUGUCCCUGUGGAGACGUCCCAGAGCCUCAAAGAAGCAGCAGCAGCAGCAUUCAUCUCAUCACCGCGCCUUCGUUGUUCCUCUGUGUCCAGGUGUGGGGAGGUGGCCACUUAUUUCUCAUCUUUAUUCCACAUUCACAGGCUUGGAUUCUUCUUGCUCUCCCGCCGCUGUAGAUAAUGUGAAAUCCAAGCAGAGAAGAACACGCCACUCUGUAGAUAGGUGUCCUCAAACGAGAUGAACACACUAACGAGGUACCCGUGCAUGUUGAAGGGUACUCUGAUGUAGACUUUACCACUUAUUGCAGACUUCAUCACAAACCGUCAUCGGACAGUUCUUCCUCACAUCUUCAAAUAAAGCCUUAUUGUCAUGA